AAUGGACAGGAAACUGUCAGAAUUCAGCUCGAAGAAACUUCGCGAAAAUGGGGAAUCUUUGGUCGCGUCAACCCUCAGACCACCUCCACCACCAAACCGUAUACCGGAUCCAACUUAUGGAGAAGUUCCGCCAAUUCACAAUACGUUGACAAGAAGAGGAGGCGGUAGCGGAAGUCUUUCAAGAACUACAGUCUUAGCAGUGUCUGUUUUGGCUAUAGUAUCAAUUUCAACGCUCACUUACGCAGCUACUUGUAGCCUAGAACCUCACGCUUUAAUUACAGUUAGAGUACCGAAAGAGUUCGAAAUUGGUGCUGUUCGUCUUUUUUUCAAGAGGGAUAAUCACAAUAAAGUAACAACUCACCGAUCACUUUGGGUUAGACCGGCCAACAAGACGAAAAUAAUAACUUACGAUUUGGAUGACGUAUUAUAUACUGAUAGCAAGCCGUGUUCGCCCUUAGAUGUAUUCGAGAAAUGUAAAUAUGCCCAUCAUCAAGACUUGGCUACUUGCGAUUCAGCAACCCAGCAAUGCGUCUGUUCUCGUGGAUACAAAUUCAACGGUCACAGUUGUUUCGACUUCGAUGAAUGUAAGAAUGACGAACUGGCCUGUCCUGCUGAGAGGGCUUGCAGGAAUACAAAGGGAGGGCACAUAUGUGAAUGUGGUCUUGGCUAUUACCAGGAAGGUGUAGAGUGUAAAAGUAAGUAG